CCUUGGCCCCUCCCCUCCACCCUCUAACCACUCACUUCUCUCUCUCACGGCCACAUCUAAAGACUUGUCUCAUUCACUCCAGCUGCACAGGUUGUGAGGGAGGGGAGAAAGAGGGAGAACGGGAGAGGUAGAGGAGAAUAUUAGCAACUGCUGGAGAGGAAAAGAGGACAGGAGGUGAAAAAGAGACAGAGAGUCUGUUCAGUUUACUGUUUUUCUAAGAGAAGAGUGGAAGAGUGAGGCAGGAGAGAGAAGACAAGUCUUCAGGAGUGGGACUAUCCAGCAGUGGGCGGUUCCUCCAGGGGAGGUUAAAGUGAUCUACAGAAGUGACCUCUCCGUUCCGUUGGGAGUCAGACCCCCAGGAUCCAGAGCCAUGGAUCCCUCUGUGUCGACGGAGGUCGAGGGGGAACCCAAGGAGAGGAAGAAGAUCCAAUUUGCUGUGCCAGCCUCUGCGCCCACCAACCUGGACCCUCGGCAAGUGGAGAUGAUCCGGCGCAGGAGGCCCACACCUGCCACGCUGUUUAGAGUAGCUGACCAAUCAUCUCCCGAGGAUGAUCAGUCCACCCACCAGGUAAAGUGGGUCGUAGGAGAGAACGGAGUGCUCAAGCCAAAACGUGUCAAUCCAAACGUCUAUCAGCCUCCAUCACUCAGAGCUGUGCAGAAGAUGGCUGAAGCGCACAUGCAGAACCUAGGUGUCUACCCCGCUUUUGAAGACCCUUGUGAAGGGGAGGAGGAUGAGGACCAAUGGCAGGGAGAGGACACAUCUCCCACCAAAGUUGCUGAUCACCAAGAGACAGCCACCACUGAGCAGUCCGUCAAGUUUUCCAACGUGAGAGAGACGGCCAAGCAGAUCCAAGCAGCACAGGAGGAAGAGGAAGAAGAGGAUGAAGAAGAGGGGGACAAAAUCAAGGAAACGACAGAGGAGAACAGCCGGGGGAGUAACUGAGAAAGAGAAAGAGAGCAGGGAAAAUGUUUGUAGGGGAGAGUGAAGGUGUUUUGUCAAAGGGUUAAAAUCUGAAGAACUCAAAAGAGAUGAAGGUGUAUUGUUUUGUGGAUGUCAGUGUGUGGAGACUGAAUGCGCAAAUGAGGAUGCGAGUUGUGGGUCGACUGAGUGAAAGAUACUUCCGUGAAAUCAAUGAAAUACGUGAGUGAGCAAAGAUUUCUGUAUGAUUUGACCUGUUAAGGGUGAGGUGGAUUAAAGAGAGGACAGACAUGGAGUUUGCGUAUCAGGAAUCAGCCCUUAUGAGCAGGUGAGGAAUGAUCUACUGACAGAGCAGACUACAGACGCCAUUUUGGUCCCUUUGUUUAUAAUGAGAGUUGAGGGGCCAAGGUCAACAUGACCAAAUACCUUUCAGACCAGAACUCCCUCCACCUUAAUGCAAAAUGUUCCUUUAAAGAGGUUAAUAAUGACCACAAUAAUCACAAGAUACAAACAUAAAAACUCCAAUGGGCUCAUUUUAACUAGGACUUUCAAACGUCCUUUAAAUGUGUGUGGACAAGGUUCCACUUUAUUUUGAAAUGGCCUGUCUCUGUUGCUGAUAUGCAGCAUUUUUAAUGUUUAGCCCUGUGAUUAAAUGUGCACAUGCAGCCACCUUGUGGUGGAGAUGGCAACAACAGGUUUAAAGUGAUACUCUGACCCAACAUUUCAAUUGUGCUUAAAGUUAUGAUCCUUAAUAUUUUCAUUUUAAUUCUAUUUAUGAUUGAUGUUAACCAUUCAUUGUGUUCACUUUGUGUAAUUGUAAUUGUUAGUGGCGGACUCUGCCGUUCCCAUGUGGGAUUCAAAUUGAAUCUCAGCACAGUUCAUGGGAAACUAUAAAGCAUGUAAUCAUGAGUACUGUUUUUCAAUUUGAUCUCACUGAUAAAUUACUUUUCAUAAGUUUCACUUAACCAGGGCUGAAAUCUUGAUUAUAACUUUAACCUCUUGAAAGUCUGUUUUUUAAUUACAUAAGUAGAACUUUAUUCCAAGUUAAUUAUAAGCCAAGAAGUAAGACUUCUCUAUGAUGAUCUACUUCUGUUCUGUCCACCAUGUGCUUAGUACUAUCUGGCUUAAAGAGUUAAAAUAUAGAUAUUGAAAAUAUUUGGGGUGGAGUAUCACUUUAUUCUUGACUCAGUAAGUAUAACUGUGUUAAAUCCACGAGAAAAUGAGUGUAUGUGUGUGUGUUUUUUCACGCCGCACUUUUCGUAUUUGAGCAUACUUAAAAUGAAUCUUUGAAGGGCAAAGCUACCUCUGAUUAGUUUAAAAAUGCAGAAGCCAGACGUUCCCUCCACGCAUUGCACAUUUGAACUUGACUUAUUGUGAACUGACACCAUGUUUAAGAAAUGACACAAAAAGUAAUUUCAAAUCUUUUCCAGUGCUGUUGACUUAUUUGGGAUUUCUCAGUGUCACAGAUUCCCUUUUGUAUGUUAACACUUGAAUUGUUCACUCAUGGAUCUGUUGUAAAAGCUAUUUUUCUAAUCUAACAUCCAGUGUAUGAGUAGCUCGGCUUUCUCCUGUUUCUACUGUGUAUUCAACUUAUAAGCCUGCAUAAAGCACGCAACACAGAAAGCCUAAAAUCAGGCACUGCAGUUACUGUAUGACUGACAUUUGAGCAAAAUGAUCACGGCACAAACUUUCUGUAGCCUUUUUACCACAGAAAUUGACUUGGCCUCUCUUUUCUUGGCGUCAGCAACUUUUAAAUGUUUUUAGUCUGCAUCUAUAUUAAUUUCCAGUUUAACUGAAGAUUCAGCAUCUGCUGUAUAAAGAGGUUCCUAGUUGUGCCACGGGAUGAUUAAAUCUUGCUGUUUCUAUCAUCUGGGCUGCGGUUUGUAUAUAAAAAAAAAACUGUGUGAAACUUUUUUAACCUCUGACCUGCCCAAAUUGUGGAAUGACUGGACGAGCAGGUUGUGUGUGUUGAGGCUCUGCAGCCGACGCUGUCCUCCGCUCUUUGUCCACCUCCCCUCUCCUCCCGGGUCAGAAGAAAACAACAAUGGAAAGACAUGUAUGAACUCUUAUGCUUAAUUCUGUCUUUAUUUUUGUUUUAUUUUAUUUUUUCCAUUCUCUUGUUUCUCAAUGUGAUGUGGUUGUUUUAAAGUGAGCAACAAUAUGAUAUCAAAAUAAACAGUUUUUCCCUUUUCUCCUUUAAAUUAA